AGCAAGCUGGAAGAGGAAGAGCGAAAGAGAACCCAAAACCCACACUAUCGUAGUCUCGUUUAUUGUGUUCACUCUACACUAGUUCUACCACUACUCCCUGUUAGGGUUUUUCACUUUUCAAAAAUAUUCCAACAAAACCAAGGUUUUUUUGCACUGCGAUCAUGGCACCAGCUAAGGUUUUUGGCGCUUUCGCCGGAAGAGCGCUCAUGGCUGCUGCGGCCAAGGCCGGAGCUUCCGCCACAGCCAAGAAGGCGGCGUCCGGUGGAGCUAUCACCGCGACUAAGGCGGCGAAGAAGGCGCCGAGCAGGCCGCGGAACAACGUGGGGAUACAGAAGGUAGUGCCGGUGUCUUCCGAGCUCGGAAGCUUCCUCGGUGCUUCGGAGGUGUCCCGAACUCACGCUGUGAAGAGAGUGUGGGAGUACAUCAAGCUGCAGAAUCUUCAGAAUCCUAGUAAUAAGAAGGAGAUCUUUUGUGAUGACAAGUUGAAGACUAUUUUUGAUGGGAAAGACAAGGUCGGGUUCACAGAGAUUGCAAGAUUGCUAGCUACCCAUUUUGUAAAAUCAGGCUAGUGAUAUUCACCUUUGUUGGACUGUUGAUGAUGAUGAUGAUGAUGAUGGUAACUUGAUUUUUAGUACAUUAAGUAGGUCUUUUUUUUGUGCAUGGUUUGUGACCAACCACUAAAGAAACUUGGAUUUUGUAAUUUCAGACAAUUGGGUUCCGACGUGAUGUUCUUUUGUUUCACGUUUGCUAUCUCAUUGUUAAGAUUAUGCA